AUGACUAGUUUAACCGUAGUGACAGACAAAACGAAGAAACGAUCAAAAUACCAAUAUCCUGCUACACACCCUGUAAUAGAUGGCAUCAUAUAUCUUCCGUACACAACGAGAGAAUUUCUAAGGGAUCUCAAAAAUCUGCCUGUUAAAGGCGACGAAGUCUUUGUGGCUUCUUUUCCCAAGGCAGCAAAAGAACUGUUUAUUCCUGGUGGAAAGAGCUGUUACGGAAAUGAAGCUGACAUGUCUUUUGGCAUAGCUAACUAUAAACAUGAAGAUAUGAGUGAAAUUACUGUUGAUGGUGUAACCCAAGCUUUUACACUGGAGAGAUAUUUGGAAUCCUCCAAGCUUACAAGAAUUAGAUUGUAUCUCACUUCCAAGGUUAAUACAAGUGAUAAUGAUGAAGAGGGAGAACCACGUAAGUCCAUUCUUCUUCCAAGUACUGAGUCUGAAUCAUCCUUGGAGACAAUCAAAGAAAGAAGAAUGAUAGUGAAGGAGCAAGAAAAGGCAUAUGAAGAGUCUUUAAAAGUAGAUCAAGAGAAAGAAGCUAAGAAAGAACAGGAAGAAAGUGAAAAAAAGGAUCUUCUUUUAAAAGAAAUGAAAGAUGCAGAACGCAAAGAAAAACUUAGAGAAUCUAGACAAAGAAGAGUGCCUUCUGAACCAAUCAGUGCAGACGAUGGUGUGCUUAUAUAUGUACGUCAUUCUAGUGUGGGUGUAGUUCAUCGACACUUCAGAAAAUCAGAGAAAGUAACGGCCAUAUAUGAUUGGAUUGGUUCAUUAAGUGAUGUUCCAGAACAUUUUGAGUUAACAGAUCAUACUUAUGCACUUAUGACACCAUCACAACCUGUAACAUCAAUAUCAUCAAUGCUUUAUAUGAAUGAAUCUACAUCAACGCCAAGCAUCGAAGAAGAUUUAAACUUUAGAGGAUUUGGGCUUGCAUGUGGUACUGAAAAUGAUACCAUCAACUUAAGUGUGCAAGCUGACCCACAGUGUUCUUCACAGUAUUCAUUGGGUGAAGCAGAUGGGUUGCCAGUUGUUGAGUCCCAGAGCCUUCCAAAUGACAUUCUGGCAAUAGACGCAAUUAAAGUUCCUUCCCAGUUACUCAAAGAUGAUGAUGGUGAAAGUUCUGAUAAUGAUGAGCUACAACCAGUAUUUGUAUCGAGUACUAAUGAGCCACUACCAACAUUCAAUUCUGAUGAAGAGAGAGGGUAUUACUUUCGACAGGUGGCAUUGCCACAUUUAUUGGGCCUGGACAAGGACGAACUAUCAYUUGAAUCCAAAAGAAAAGCGGUAUUAAGACAGCUUCAAGAGGAUGGAUGUAGUGCAAGGGUUGUGAAUGUUGACAGAUGGAACAUUGUUUCAAAYAUGAUGGUUUUGUAUAGUGAUGAUGAAAAAAUCUUAGAUGAGGUUGUUCAAUUCCAGUUCAAAGAUGAGAGUGGARCUGACUUUGGAGGAAUCAGCAGAGAUGUCUUCUCUUCAUUUUGGAAAGAGUGUGCCAUGAGAUUCUUGGAAGGCAAUGAUGAUUCCUUUGUACCUCAGCAAAAGGGUAUUUCAGAUAAAGAAUUUAUAACACUAGGAAAGAUCAUCCAUCAUGGUUUUGUGCUCACUGGAUACUUUCCAAUAAUACUGAACAACACAUACAUAGAAGCAAUGCUUUUGGGAGUCAAUGAAGUGGCUGCUGACUGUGAAACCUUGCUGAAGGGUUAUAUUAAGUACUUGGGUCCUUAUGAGGGUUCAAGAUUAUCACAAAUCUUAUCCUUGUCAAUUCUGGGCAGUGAAGAUUUAAGUUUUUUUUAUGGAACUAGAAAGUCGUGUUGGCAUCCGUACAACUCCAGGACAACACAACCUCAAGGAUCUUGCUUUACAGAUGGCUAAGUGUGAGUUACUUGAUUU